ACAGAGACCUCAGAUCUACAAGACACCAGACCUCAUGCUGUGGAACAAAAAGCAAAUAAAAUGAAAAUUUAUUUUAAAAGUAUUUGAUCCACCAAGAACAGGGCAACCGGAUUAUCCAGCCAGAAUGAGGAACAGUUUUACAGAAAGAAGAAGCCAAUAUUGGGAUCAUCUUUGACCUGUCCAUUUGGAAAUAAUACCAUGUAUUGAACUAUAGAAGAGUGGAAAGCUUUUAUUCAGAAAAAUGAAUUUCAUUAAGGAGAACAGUCAAGUCCUCAUUCAAAGGAUGGGAAUGACUGUUACAAAGCAAAUUGUGGAUGAGCUCUUUGUAUGGAAUGUUCUGAAUUUUGAAGAAGUAAACAUCAUUUGCUGUGAGAAGGUCGAACAGGAUGCUGCAAGAGGGAUCAUUCACAUGAUUUUGAAGAAGGGUUCAGAAGCCUGUAACCUUUUUCUUAAAUCCCUUGAAAAGUGGAACUAUCCUCUGUUUCAGGAUUUGAAUGGACAAAGUCUUUUUCAUCAGAUGUCAGAAGGAGACUUAGAUGAUUUGGCCCAGGAUUUAAAAGAGUUAUACCAGUCCCCAUCUUUUCUGAACUUCUAUCCCCUGGGUGAAGAUAUUGACAUUAUUUUUAAUUUGACAAGCACCUUCACAGAACCUGUUCUAUGGAGGAAGGACCAACACCAUCACCGUGUGGAACAGCUGGCCCUGAGUGAUCUGCUGAAAACUCUUCAGAGCCCCUGCAUCAUUGAAGGGGAAUCAGGCAAGGGGAAGUCCACUCUGCUACAGCGAAUUGCCAUGCUCUGGGCCUCAGGAAAGUGUGGGGCUCUGACCAAGUUCAAAUUAGUCUUCUUUCUCCGUCUGAGCAGGGCCCAGGGUGGACUCUUUGAAACGUUGUGUGAUCAACUCCUGGAUGUUCCUGAUACGAUCAGAAAGCAGACCUUCAUGGCCAUGCUGCUGAAGCUACGGCAGAGGGUUCUUUUUCUCCUGGAUGGCUACAAUGAAUUCAAGGCCCAGAACUGCCGAGAAAUCGAGGCCCUGAUAAAGGAAAACCACCGCUUCAAGAACAUGGUCAUGGUCACCACCACCACUGAGUGCCUGAGGCUUAUCAGGCAGUUUGGUGCGCUGACUUGCGAGGUAGGGGAUAUGACGGUGGAGAGUGCCCAAGCGCUCAUCCAGGAAGUGCUGAUCAAGGAGCUUGCGGAAGGCUUGGUGCUCCAAAUCCAGAAAUCCAGGUGCUUGAGGAAUCUGAUGAAGACCCCGCUCUUUGUGGUCAUCACUUGUGCAAUCCAGAUGGGGGAAAGUGAGUUUCACUCUCACACACAAACAACGCUGUUCUGUACCUUCUAUGACCUGCUGAUACAAAAAAACAAGUACAAAUGUAGAGGGGUGGCUGCAAGUGACUUCACUCGGAGCCUGGACCACUGUGGAGACCUAGCUCUGGAGGGCGUGUUCAACCACAGGUUUGAUUUUGAACCAAAGGACAUGUCCAGUGUGAAUGAGGAUGUUAUACUGACAACCGGCCUUCUCUGCAAAUACACAGCUCAACGGUUCAAGCCAAAGUAUAAAUUCUUUCAUAAAUCAUUCCAGGAGUACAUAGCAGGACGUAGACUCAGCAGUUUAUUGGCAUCUCGGGAGCCAGAGGAGGUGACCAAGGGAAAUGGUCAUUUGCAGAAAAUGGUUUCUAUUUCAGACAUUACAUCCAAGUAUAGCAACCUGCUCCUGUACACCUGUGGAUCAUCUGCUGAAGCCACCAGGAUAGUCCUGAAACACCUAGCAGUCGUGUGUCAACACGGCAGCCUCCUUGGGUUUUCCAUCACCAAGAGGCCUCUCUGGAGGCAGAAAUCUAUGCAAAAUGUGAAAGGCACUACUGUGCAAGAAAUUCUAAAAGCCAUAAACAUCAGCUCCUUUACAGAGUGUGGCAUCAAUUUAUUUCAUGAGAGUAUAUCCAAAGCAGACCUGAGUGAAGAAUUUGAAGCUUUCUUUCGUGGUAAAAGCCUAUAUAUAAACUCAGAGAACAUCCCUGAUUACUUGUUUGACUUCUUUGAACACUUGCCUAAUUGUGCAAGUGCUCUGGACUUCAUUAAACUGGACUUCUACGGGGGAGCUGCAGCUUCAAAGGAUACGAGCAGGACCCAUAAGGAAGAGUCCUCUGGAACCUACAUUCCCAGCAGGGCUGUGUCUUUGUUCUUCAACUGGAGGCAGGAAUUCAAGACUCUGGAGGUAACACUCCGGGAUUUCAGCAAGUUGAAUAAGCAAGAUAUCAAAUAUCUGGGAAAGAUAUUCAGCUCUGCUACAAGUCUCAGACUGAACAUUAAGAGAUGUGCUGGCGUGGCUGGAAGCCUCAGUUUGGUCCUCAGCACCUGUAAGAACAUUCAUUCCCUCCUGGUGGAAGCCAGUCCCCUCACCAUAGAAGACGAGCAGCACAUCACAUCCGUGAUGAACCUGAAAACCUUGAGUAUUCACAACCUGCAGACUCAACGGCUACCGGCUGAAGGUCUGACAAACCUGAAGAAUAUGUGUUUACUUCGUUUGACCCACUUGUCUGACAUUGGGAAAGGAAUGGAUUACAUGGUAAAGUCUGUGUCGGCUGAACCCUGUGACCUUGAAGAAAUCCAGUUAGUCUCCUGCUGCCUGUCGGCAACUGCUGUAAAAACCCUAGCUCAAAAUCUUCACAAUUUGGACAAGCUGAGCAUUCUUGAUUUAUCUGAAAAUCACCUGGAAGAGGGCGGAAAUGAAGCUCUACAUGAACUGAUUGACAGGCUGCACAUCUUGAAACAGCUAACUGUGCUGAUGCUACCCUGGUGGAGUGAUGCACGAGUCAUUCUGACCAGGCUGCUGGAGCAACUGGAGGGGACCCCACAACUCAUCAAACUUGGGCUGAAAAACUGGAGAGUCACAGAUGCAGAGAUUAGAAUUCUAGGUGCAUUUUUUGAAAAGAACCCUCUGAAAAACCUCCAGCAGCUGGAUCUGGCAGGAAAUUGUGUGAGCAGUGAUGGAUGGCUUACCUUCAUGGGUAUAUUUGAAAAUCUUAAGCAAUUAGUGUUUUUUGACUUCAGCACUAAAAGAUUUUUACCUGAUGCAGCAUUAGUCAGAAAACUUGGCCAUGUGUUAUCUAAGUUAACAUUUUUGCAAGAAGCUAGACUUGUUGGGUGGCAAUUUGAUGAUGAUGAUGUUAGUAUUAUUAAAGGUACUUUUAAACUAGUAACUGCUUAAAUAAAGGGCACCCUGAGCCCAUGAAGGCUCUGGGGACUCAAUCUCAGCCUGGUGAUUUGAGAAUCUUUGCUCAUAUAGUCCAAGGGUCUGAAAGUGUAUGGCAAUCUAUUAUCCACCUAAAAAUGAUCUAUGUCAACGGUGUCUGCUCAACUCGCCCCUUCUAAACUUUCUCUUCCUUUCCUGACAUCAGAAUGAUGUGUGGCAGCAUCACCUCCUUACUGGCCUCUAGCAUUGUAAUCUCCUCUUAGUUUCAUCAUUCAGGAAAAAAAGAGGAUGUCAGGAAAACGAAGCCAAAGAAGAGGAGGAAGUGGGAAGGAGUUUACUGAUGACAUGUGCAACAGUUCUGUGUCUCAUCACUCCUAUUACGAUUAUCAGCUACUUGAAGGGGACUCUUACUUAUCCUGGGUUCCUCUGGCCUCAAUAGCACGGCACAAGAACGAAUAUACUGUAUGCACAUUUACUCAGUACAGUACCUGGAAUGUACUAGACUCUCAACAAGUAUUUGAUAAAUAUGAGAUAAUUAAAUUACCAAUAAAUAGCUACUGAAUAAAGA